CCAAGGCCAAGGCGCCGCCGCAUUAAUACUUUUGGUGAUAACCCUUUUUAAGCUUCAGCCUUUUAACUGACAAAAAACAACAACUGCGACAUGAUCGUCGUUCAUGAAUAAAAUAAUUAUUUUUCCUAUUUUACAUAAGCGAAUGUCUAUGGAUGGAUUAAUUCCAUAGGCGCAUUGCAUCAGGCGCAAUUUAUUCCGACUUAUAUCUCCCCUCUCUCGCCUGCAUCCCAUCACUUUUGAAACAUGGAGGCCGCCUCCGCUCGAGCUGCGGCUAGAGACCGUUGGAACGAAUUGGGUUACCCGCGACCUUCUCAGCUUCAGCGAUUCAUAGCGAAUGCUUGUAGUCCAGAGAAUUACGAACCGAACCUCGCUUUAAAUCUCGAAAUUUCCGAUCUGAUCAACAGCAAGAAAGGUAGCGCACCCCGAGAAGCCGCCGUCGCUAUAGUCAACUAUAUCAACUCGCGCAAUCCCAACGUUAGCCUCCUCGCUCUUAACCUUCUCGAUAUUUGUGUCAAGAAUUGCGGGUAUCCUUUUCAACUUCAGAUUAGUACCAAAGAAUUCCUAAACGAACUUGUCAGACGGUUUCCCGAGAGACCCCCUAUUCGUUACACAAAAGUCCAGUCUAAGAUUCUGGAAGCGAUCGAAGAAUGGAGGAGUACAAUAUGCGAGACGAGUCGGUACAAGGAAGACCUCGGAUUCAUCCGGGAUAUGCACCGGUUGUUGAGCUACAAAGGUUAUCACUUUCCGGAAGUUCGGAGGGAUGAUGCUGCUGUUUUGAAUCCUAGUGAUAAUCUUAAAUCGGCUGAGGAAAUGGAGGAGGAAGAACGAGAAGCGCAAUCUGCUAAGCUACAAGAACUAAUACGAAGAGGUACUCCAGAGGACUUACAAGAAGCCAAUCGCCUUAUGAAGGUUAUGGCCGGAUACGAUACGAGGUCGAAAACGGACUACCGAGCAAAGGCGGCGGAAGAGGUCGGAAAGAUUCAGGCAAAAGCGCGCCUCUUGGAGGAAAGACUGGCAGCUUUCAAGCCAGGCGAUUCUAUGAAGGAUGGCGACGUAUUUGAGGAACUAGCCUCGUCUCUUCAAAGCGCACAACCCAAGAUUCAGAAGAUGUGCGAAGAAGAAUCAGACGAUCAUGAGGCGGUCGCCAAAUUGUUCGAGAUCAAUGACAGCAUACAUCGGACCGUUGAACGGUGGAAGCUUCUCAAGAAGGGUGAUAUUGAGGGCGCUAACAAGAUCGCCCAAGGCGCGCCCAUUCCCACGACGUCGUCAGCACCAGCUGGAAAGUCGACAUCGGCCGCGAACGAGCUUUCAUUGAUCGAUUUCGACGCGGAUGCUGCGGCAAAUGGUUCUGCUAACAACACCGCGGGAACGAGUUCACAGGCUGGUGGUCUUGAGAAUGACCUGCUGGGUCUAUCUUUAGGAGACAGCAGUAGUAGUUUUGGUCAAGGGGGUGGUAUCUCGCUUGGCUUCGGGUCGAACCAAAAUGUACCCGGACCUGCUUUACUAUCUUCAAUGACUCAAAAUAACAGUGCUAAGGGCCCUGUAUCAACACCUACACCUCCGCCAUUCUCUUCCUUUUCUGGUUUCACUUCACCCCCUACAGGAUCUCAGUCGAAUACCCCACAACCAAACCUAGCGCAACAAUCUUCCUUCUCUAGGCCACCUCAAAAAGCGACCCCGGCCAACGAUCCUUUUGCGGCUCUCGCCUCACCUCAAUUCUCAUCUAAGCCAGCCACGCCUAAACCCGCCCCACCGCCUGCGACCUCAAAUGAUGAUGAUGAAUGGUCAUUUUCUUCAGCUUUACCACCUGAGCCGUCUCUUCCUGCGGAAUAUAAGGUAAACGUUAAGGACGGACCCUUGCAAAUCGACCUGAACGCGAGAAGGGCGACAAUACCGAGUGCGCUUUCUCUCGUAUUCCUUUUCUCUAACACCACCACGGCGCCAAUCAGUAAUCUCCACUACCAACUAGCCGUAACAAAGGGCUACGAAUUACAAUUACAACCGCAGACAGGUCGUGCCUUGCAACCUCGCCAGACCGCUGGUGUUACACAGACGGUGGAGGUAUACCAUGCAGGAGAUAGAGUGAGGAAAGUCGAAACGAUCAAGUUAAGAUGGCGCGUUAGCUAUACAUUGGGCGCAGAGCAAAGGAGUGAGACGGGCGAGAUACCCGAGUUUGGCAUUGCGUGAUCUGAACCUUGCAUAAGAAACGAGCAUACCUGAGUAAAUGAGCGAAGAUAUGAAAACGCGGGCAAUGAAAGAUGAGAGUAGGACAACUGUGCAAAGGAAGUCGAAGCGGUGAUAAGCGAUAGUAGAUGUAGAAGUCAAG